GGUUUAACCGCUGGUCUGAGGAGAAUCAUCUGUUAAAGAAUAUUACAUAAGCAUACUUAACCCAAUUAAUAUAGGAUAGGUUUCCAAAACAAUACAUUUCGAUUGAAAAAAAACAAAACUCUUGCCGUCUCAACACUCUCGCCGUUUCAAACUUCUCGAAUCUCACUCGUCUCCGCCUCUCGAAUCUCUCUCUCAUCUCCAUAUCUCUCGAUCUCCGACGAAAACCCAUCUCCAGAACUCUCUCUCUCUCGAUCUUUUACGCGAGCUCUCUCUAUUCUCCGAGAAAAACCAUUUCUAGAGCUCUAUCUCUUGAAGGAUAGAAACAAGAUGGGAGAUCCAUUACCAUUAAGACUAGCACUGCCUGAGCUGAGGUAUCCGAUUGGAUCAGAGCCAGAGAAGACGAUAUCGAUAAACCAACACUCGAUAGUUGCUUAUAUCAAAACUGUUAAGGAAAUUCUAGGAAAUGAUGAGUUCAACAGAAUAAGAGGGACGUUUUUGGGACCGGUGAUCAAGCUUGGAGAGAGGUCUUUGAAAUUAUCAGCUAAGAUAGUGCACGCAGUUCUCACCAAAAGCAUCAAGACAGUGAAGAGACACGAAGCAUGGUUCCAUUUUGGUGCUCAGCCAAUGAGGUUCUCUAUAAGAGAAUUCCACAUGGUGACUGGUUUGAAAUGUAGUGGUGAAGCAAGAGAACCACGAGAGGGAACCGAGAAAUUUAAGUGGGACUUCCUAAAAGGGCGUACUCAUACAGUAAAGGACGUGGAGAAGCAGCUCAGAAACACAAGAGAAGAUGCUUCUGAUGAGAGAUUCUGCCUUGCAAUGCUCCUCCUGAUUGAGAGCAUACUACUACAGAAGAGCCUUCUCGACGGUGGCACAACUUUUACUUUGGAUUAUGUGAAAAUAGCGCAGGAUAUGGAUGUCUUGAUGACAUACCCAUGGGGGAGAACAGCUUAUAAUUUGCUGUUAAAAUCACUUCAGAGAGCUGUCGACAAAAGCCUCGACAAAAACAAUUAUGAUUUGCAAGGGUUCCCUAUGGCAUUUCUUAUAUGGAUACUUGAGUCAGUACCUUUGCUACAGUAUGCAUUCAGUCAAGUUGUUCCUAUUCUGAGCGUUCAACCGUCUACCCCAAUAUUUUUGUGUGAGAAGUACCUUCAAAUAGCUUCUCCACAGCUGAUAGAUGUUCUCCUAAUUGAAAUCAAAGAUCAUGUAAGUUUUUACAUUAUUUUUUUCUUGUUUCUGUUUUGCCUUAUGAUUCUCCAUUUAAAAGCUAAUUAUUUUUAUGGUUUCAGCUUAAGGUCACAUGCAUCCUACCUCCUAUUUCUAAUGAUCCAGAAGCUGAUGUUUGCAUGGGAGACGAAGCUAAUAAAGAUCUGGAUGACAUGGCCGAUUUAUCCAAGAGAGGUUAUAAGUUUAAAAUUAGAGAUUGGCGAAACAUGUCAGUAGACCUAUACGGUGCUAAUGAAGAAAUAAGAAGAGCAUCUUUACUGUUUGGGAAUGGAGGGAUGAGUCAAGCUUCUACUUCGUAUCAGGAGGAGUCUUUGGAAUCAAAGAUCAACAGAAUCAGCGAGAUGGUGGGAGAUAAUUUAAGGAUCAUGAACGAUCGUUUGUGUUUGAUUGAAAAAGACAGGAAACAGAUUAAAGAACGUGUGA